CCCGGUGCCUGUGGACGCCGGUCUCGGUGUGCCAUGAAGGAUGUUCUCGGGGCCCAGGCAGAGAGGUCUCCGGCUACUCACUCAUGCAGAGUGGUGUGGGGUGCCCAGUGAAGCAUCAGUCUUGUUGUGUAAAACAGUAUCUAUGAGGGCCGGGGAUUUAGCUCAGUGGUUUCGCUGCCUGCUGCACAAGCGCAAGGACCCGAGUUGGAUCUCAGCUGACAUCAUUUCAACUGUUGAAUUUAAUUACUCUGGAGACCUUCUUGCAACAGGAGACAAGGGUGGCAGAGUUGUUAUUUUUCAACGGGAACAAGAGAGUAAAAGCCGUCCUCAUUCUAGGGGAGAAUAUAAUGUUUACAGUACCUUUCAAAGUCAUGAACCAGAGUUUGACUAUUUGAAAAGUCUAGAAAUUGAAGAAAAAAUUAAUAAAAUUAGAUGGUUGCCACAACAGAAUGCUGCUCAUUUUCUACUCUCUACAAAUGAUAAAACUAUUAAAUUAUGGAAAAUAAGUGAACGGGAUAAAAGAGCGGAAGGUUAUAACUUGAAAGAUGAAGAUGGACGACUUCGAGAUCCAUUUAGAAUUACAGCACUACGGGUUCCUAUAUUGAAGCCCAUGGACCUCAUGGUAGAAGCAAGUCCACGGCGAAUAUUUGCAAAUGCUCACACAUAUCAUAUAAAUUCCAUUUCAGUAAAUAGUGAUCAUGAAACAUAUCUUUCUGCAGAUGACCUGAGAAUAAACCUAUGGCAUUUAGAAAUCACAGAUAGAAGCUUUAACAUCGUGGAUAUCAAGCCUGCUAACAUGGAAGAGCUGACGGAAGUCAUCACCGCUGCUGAAUUCCAUCCACACCAGUGCAAUGUGUUUGUCUACAGCAGCAGCAAAGGAACCAUCCGGCUAUGUGACAUGCGUUCCUCUGCCCUGUGUGACAGACAUUCUAAGUUCUUUGAAGAGCCUGAAGAUCCCAGCAGUAGGUCCUUUUUCUCAGAAAUAAUUUCAUCCAUCUCUGAUGUCAAAUUCAGCCACAGUGGUCGAUACAUGAUGACGAGAGACUACCUGUCAGUGAAGGUAUGGGACCUUAACAUGGAGAGCAGGCCUGUGGAGACCCAUCAGGUGCAUGAGUACCUGCGAAGCAAGCUCUGUUCCCUGUACGAGAAUGACUGCAUCUUUGACAAGUUUGAAUGCUGCUGGAAUGGUUCAGACAGUGCUAUCAUGACGGGGUCCUACAACAACUUCUUUAGAAUGUUUGAUAGAAAUACUCGGAGGGAUGUUACACUGGAAGCUUCAAGAGAGAACAGCAAACCCCGAGCCAGCUUAAAACCCCGAAAAGUAUGUACAGGUGGUAAAAGGAAGAAAGAUGAGAUUAGUGUGGACAGUCUGGACUUCAAUAAGAAGAUCCUUCACACAGCCUGGCACCCCAUGGAGAACAUUAUUGCCGUAGCUGCCACCAAUAAUUUGUAUAUAUUCCAGGACAAAAUCAACUAAAGAAGCUAACUGAAGGACCAAGUCUUGUCUUGCAUAGUUAAGCCGGUUGUUUUUCUGUCAAAGAAAAGGCAUUGUCCUCUCCAUUAAGAACAGAGAUCCACUUCCUACUUCCCUUCAUAACAGAGAAAAGAAGCAACCUUGGCUGGAAUCCUGGCAUUGCUCUGCCUUUAGCCUAGGGAGAGAUGCUUGGUGCUGCAAGGGGAAAACCCACUUGAAGCAGAAUUGGUGGACAUUGCUCAAUAAAGGCCAUUACUCAAAAUAAAUGUAUUUAUUUAAGUCUGAGCCUUCCUUUCCAGUUUAUAGACCAAAAAACUAACUUCCAAGAGAAAAAGUGUUGUCAAAUAUAUUUCUGUCUCCAGCUCUCUAUCUCUGCCAUCCUAGGGCCCUCUGGACAUGGUGUGGCCAUUGUCCAUGUUCCUUGCUGGCCUUUCUGAGCCAAGUGGGCAUACCUACCCUUGGUACCCAAGGAGAGCCAGGCAGGUUUACUCACUAAUUCCAUCGACCAUCACACCUUCUGGUGUAACCACUCAAUAAACAACACACUGUAAAGUGUUCUUAAAUCUAAACAUAAGUAUUGUCUUUUUAUUUGUCUCAAUUGCAUAUAAUAAAAUUAUGCAAAAUUCUUUGGAAUAAUUUGAGAAACUUUUGUCCUUUGGCAGAAGGGUGGAAUGUGUAUAGUACUUCAAAUUCUAAAUAUAACUAUCUGCAAGCUGCCAUAACUUUUUUUUGUUUCUGUAGAAACAGUCCAUCCAUUACACCAGGUAAGGUCUGGGAAAAGCCAUAGCUGAGUCCACCUCUGAGAAAAAAAUUACAAGAGUAAUGAAAUUGCUGCUAUAAAAUUAAAAUUUGGCUUAAAAUAGGCCUCAAAUUCACUACAAUUGAAAACUUAUGUGCUUUCUUUUAAAAUCUUUUUUAAAAGUACUUUGGGAGGGAAAUGUAGUUUUUAAAUACUGCUAAAAUUAUGUGCAUGCUAAAUUUCAUAUCCCAUUUCAAGCCAGCAGAAUUAAAGCUUUAAUUAUGUGAUGCCUCCAGUACCUUGGUUUAUUUCAAAGAUCUCUGAUACCAGAAAUCAAGACUUCCCAACACAAAGAGGUAUACCAGCACUCAGUGACUGGAACUUGCUUCCAUGGGAUUUAACCCAUGAGCUUGAUCAGUGUCCUCCAGGGGGAUGUAGAGCCGGGGCUCACAUGCCGUUGCCGAAGUUAAGGUGUAUUUUGAUUACUAAUGAUAUGAAAGGAUAAAAUAUCCUUACCCAGAAUUAAUGUUAGAAUGCCACUUUAGUUCACAUUAAGUUAGGAAUUUGACAACCUAAAGUACCUUUAUUUUAUUUAAAAAUAAUUAUACUGUAUCUUGGUGACACAAUUUAUGUCUGAGAUGUGGAACAGAGUUGUUCAAGCAUUAACCCUGGUCCAUAAGGAAGAACAGUUCUAGUAAAACAAGAUUGUAUAUAUUUGUUCCAACUAUUUUGACCAAAAAGUUUAAUAAAUUUUAAAUGUUUAACUGGA